UUCUCUCGUCCCUGCCGUCGACAACAACCCCGAUCUGGACAUCCCCCGCGACUCGUUCCCUGAGGGAAAAGCUUGUCUCGCUCGUCUGGCGAAUCGUGGAUUUUCGCCGCCCUAUAGCCGCGCGGCGUUAUACGGCAGAACCCCCUUUUCCCGCGCCAGAUCCAGAUCCCGCCCCUGAGCAGUGGUCGGCUUCGCAGAGACGGCUCGUUGACCGUACGAGAGAGGCAGGCAGUUCCAGCUCGGCACUGCGCAGAGGAGCUAGGAUGUGACCUCGCUACUUUAUCCCGGCGGCGGGCGUGGCCCUGGGUCGACGGGGGGAUGCGCGGCCCCUGGCCCUGCUCUGGAUCAAGUACUUCAGCAGCCCACGACCUCGCUCGCCCCGGAGACUCGCGAGUUUGGGGAAAGAGUUGUGCGCUUCGAGCACUCGACAGCGUGAACGACUCGGCCCAGCUCGAUUCCAGAACUUUUGAAGAAAAAAAUGGCCGGAGGCUGGGGUCUCUCGCUGGCGGCGGCGGUGGUGGCCAUCGCUUGGGCGGUGCGGGCGCAGAACUACCCGCUGGUGGCGGACUCGCGGUGCAACUGCUACCGGACGAACGCGACGGCGCCGGAGUACUUCGCGCAGCACCGGUUCUUCGACUUCCGGGAGCUGGGGGCGUACGCGGGGGCGGGGGCGCCGGCGGCGAUCGAGGACCCGGCGGCGAGCGCGGCGGCGCCGGUGACGAGCCGCUACUUCGAGGAGGCCGCGUGGACGAGCGCGUGGGCGAUCCAGCGCUGGAACAACAGCGCGCGGACCGACGGCGACGCGACCGCGCUCAUGGUCAACUCGCCCAGCAACGUCUUCCUCGCGCGCAACGACGACCCCCGCCCCGCCUCCCAGACCUACCUCGUCCUGCGCACCGCCCGCCACGCCGCCUUCCAGUCCGCUGCCGAGAUCGAGUCGCGCUCGCUCGGCUACCGCUUCCUCUCCGUCCGGAUGCACGCGCGCACGCGCGGCGCGCCCGGCGCCGUGACGGCCAUGUUCACGUUCCGCGGCGCCGCCGCGCUCGCGCAGGUGCAGGAGGCCGACCUGGAGGUGCGCACGGCGGACCCGCCGCGCGCGGUGCAGUACACGAACCAGCCGUCGUGGGAUAGCGCGGGCGACAUAGCGGCGGCGACGCGCAACGUGACGCUGCCGCACCCGGGCGGGUGGUCCGCGUGGCAGACGCACCGGCUCGACUGGACGCCCGGCGCCAGCUCCUGGUUCGCCGACGGCCGGCUCGUCGCCCAGAUCCGCUUCCAGGCCCCCCGCGACCCCAGCCACGUCAUCUUCAACGCCUGGAGCGACGGCGGCUCCUGGAGCGGCAACAUGUCCCGCGGCGCCGCCGCCGAGAUGCACAUCCAGUGGAUCGACCUCGUCUACAACACCACCGACCCCGCCGCCGGCAACCCCCGGACCGACCCCGCCGCCCCCGCCUGCGCCAAUACCUGCAGCAUCGACCUCACCUCCAAGCUCGGCACGCCCGUGCUCAUAUCCGGGCCCAACGCCUCACCGAACCCCGGCGACUCGCCCGGCGCCUGCACGUCGGCCAAGUACGGGCAGUGCGCGGGCAAGACGUGGAACGGGUGCACGAGCUGCGCCUCCGGGACGACGUGCCGGUUCCAGAACGAUUACUACUCGCAGUGUCUGUGACGGGAUGAUUCUGGGUUGUUGGGGAGGCGGGGGGGGAAAGGCUUGGUUGGUUGGAUGGAUGGGGCAUUUCUCAUGUUUAGCAAUAUUAAUAUGAUAGGUAUUCAUUCCCUCCAGGCACCUA